AUGGCAAUGAUGAAACUGCUGCUAUGCUACCUCAUUGUUUCCAUGGCAUGUCAUCUGGUUUUCUCUUUUACUGACCUUCAAGAUGCUACUGUACUCCAGUCCCUCAAACAACAAUGGAAAAAUCUACCACCAAGUUGGAACAAUUCUAAUGAUCCCUGUGGAACACCCUGGGAAGGAGUCACCUGCAGCAACUCAAGGGUGAAAGCACUGGCACUGUCAAGCAUGAGACUAUCUGGAAAACUUAGUGAUGACAUUGGAGGACUCACAGAGUUGGCAUCCUUGGAUCUCUCGUUUAACCCGGACCUCACAGGUUCCGUCUCUUCACGGCUGGGGGAUUUGCGAAAGCUAAACGUGUUAAUUCUCGCUGGAUGCGGCCUCAGUGGCACAAUACCAAGUGAACUUGGGAAUCUUGCUCAGCUUUCAUUUCUAGCACUUAACUCAAAUAACUUCACUGGUGAGAUACCGGCUUCCCUGGGAAAUCUCACGAAUCUAUACUGGCUUGACCUGUCUAAUAAUCGAUUGAGCGGAUCUAUCCCUGUUUCAACAUCAACAGGUCCAGGACUUGACCUACUUAAGAAAGCAAAACACUUCCAUUUUAGCAAAAACCAGCUCUUAGGCGAAAUUCCUGCAUCUCUAUUCAGCUCUGGCAUGGUCCUAUCACACUUACUACUUGAUGGAAAUCUACUCACCGGAGAAAUUCCACCUACUUUAGGAAAUGUUCAGACACUUGAGAUUCUACGGCUGGAUAAUAAUGCACUUGGUGGUGGAGUUGUCAACCUCCAAAACCUCACAAAUCUCAUUGAACUAAAUUUAGCAAGUGACAACUUCUCUGGUCCUUUACCUGACUUAAUUGGGAUGAAUUACCUCAAUUAUGUGAACCUGAGCAACAACUCUUUUCAACCGUCACAAGCUCCAGCAUGGUUCUCAACCUUAAAGUCACUAACCACUUUGGCUUUGGAAAAUGGUCCACUCCAGGGACAAGUACCCCAGCAACUUUUUAGUUUACCUCAGAUCCAAAUAGUGAUCCUGAAGAAGAACGCAUUCAAUGAUACAUUGGAUAUGGGUAACAACAUUAGCCAACAACUGCAACUUGUUGAUUUGCAGAAUAAUGAUAUAUCUUCAGUAACACUCAGUUCCGGAUACAGCAAGACAUUACUCUUGAUGGGGAAUCCAGUAUGCGCAAGUUCAAUCGCAAGCACAUCUUACUGUCAGCCACAGAAACGAUCUGCAACAAAUUGUUCAACCAGCCUUGCUAACUGCAGAAACAUAACAUGCCCUUCGGAUCAAAAACUCAGCCCACAAACCUGUGCAUGUGCUUAUCCAUACGAAGGGACUAUCAUUUUUAGAGCACCAAGUUUCAUGGACACCGCGAACUGUAGUAGGUUCCAUGACCUGCAAAUCAGCCUUGAGAUGAAGUUUGGACUUGCACCUGGUGCAGUUGUUCUGCUGAAUCCCCACUUCAAUAUUGAUGACUAUCUUCAGGUGGGAUUGGGACUCUUCCCAACUACGAGGAACUUUUUCAAUAGCUCAGAGAUUCAGAGAAUGGGGUUUGAGCUUAGUAGCCAGACUUUCAAGCCUCCAGCAGAGUUUGGACCUUAUUUUUUCAUUGCUGUUCCUUACAAGUUCCCAGGUCAAUAA